GCGCGCAGGGGGGCGGCGGCCUCGCUUCGUCUCUCUCUCUGCGCCUGGGUCCGGUGGGUGACGCCAAGCGCGAGAGAGAUGUCGGAUUUCGACAGUAACCCGUUUGCGGACCCGGAUCUCAACAACCCUUUCAAGGACCCAUCAGUUACACAAGUGACAAGAAAUGUUCCACCAGGACUUGAUGAAUAUAAUCCAUUCUCGGAUUCUAGAACACCUCCACCAGGCACUGUGAAAAUGCCUAAUGUACCUAGUACACAACCAGCAAUAAUGAAACCAACAGAGGAACAUCCAGCCUAUACACAGAUUGCAAAGGAACAUGCCUUGGCCCAAGCUGAACUUCUUAAGCGCCAAGAAGAACUAGAAAGAAAAGCAGCAGAAUUAGAUCGUCGAGAACGAGAAAUGCAAAAUCUCAGUCAACAUGGCAGAAAAAAUAAUUGGCCACCUCUUCCUGGCAAUUUUCCUGUGGGACCUUGUUUUUAUCAGGAUUUUUCUGUAGACAUUCCUGUAGAAUUCCAGAAGACCGUAAAGAUUAUGUACUACUUAUGGAUGUUCCACGCUGUAACACUGUUUCUAAAUAUCUUCGGAUGCUUGGCUUGGUUUUGUGUUGAUCCUACAAGAGGGGUUGAUUUUGGAUUGAGUAUCCUGUGGUUCUUGCUUUUUACUCCUUGUUCAUUUGUCUGUUGGUACAGACCACUUUACGGAGCUUUCAGGAGUGACAGUUCAUUCAGAUUCUUUGUAUUCUUCUUCGUCUAUAUUUGUCAGUUUGCUGUUCAUGUACUCCAGGCUGCAGGAUUUCAUAAUUGGGGCAACUGUGGUUGGAUUUCAUCCCUUACUGGUCUCAACCAAAGUAUUCCUGUUGGAAUUAUGAUGAUCAUCAUAGCAGCACUUUUCACAGCAUCAGCGGUCAUCUCACUAGUUAUGUUUAAAAAGGUACAUGGACUAUACCGCACAACAGGUGCUAGUUUUGAGAAGGCCCAACAAGAAUUUGCAACAGGUGUGAUGUCCAACAAAACUGUCCAGACUGCAGCUGCAAAUGCAGCUUCAAGUGCAGCAACUAGUGCGGCUCAGAACGCUUUCAAGGGUAACCAGAUGUAGAGAACCCUCCAACAGUACACUGGUACCUUCUGACUGUACUUUUUCUCCAGUUACUGUACUCUAUAAAUAUUUUUAUGUUCAAAACACAGUACACACAGCAUGUAUAUUUCCUGUUCACUUGUGCAUGGGCUAAAACCAGAAAAACUUCCUUGUCUUAUUUGCCUAUUAGUUUCUUAAUAUUUUGGUGCCCCUUGCAGAAAAAAAUAUCACAUGCUAAAUAAAUAUUCUCCAUAUUUUUUGGGGGAUGAAUGUUCAGCAAAUUAUUUCAGUGGUGACACACUGAAAUUAAUAUGGUACUUAUGAUUAAAAACGCAUUUAGUACUAGCUGCAGUCAUUCUUUCAAAAAUCUUAGACUUAAGGAUUACAUAUUGGAACAUUAAAGUGAUGCUUCAUUCCAUUUUCCCCAUUUAUACUGAAAGAAAUAGGCCAUCAGGGACUUAGGGAUUUUAAAAUUGGCUUGCUUUUUAGCAGUUUUAGUCACCAGUGAAGAGCCUGUGUGCAUUUCGUAGUAGAUGAUGUAAAUUUUAUCCUUUUCUUUUUGUUUUAUUUUUAUAGAGUAGUUGAUAUUUUCAUACCAAUCUCUGAUCUUGCAUGGGCACCACAUUUCUUAAAAGAAUUAGUAUUUUGGCUUUUGCACUGCUUAUGGUUGUAGGAUUGCAGAGUUGCUGGUAGAAUCAAAGAAGAGAUUUUCUGCAAUAGUUUCUGUUAAAUAAAAAUUUAUUGGGAUGCAAUAUGAGAACAUAAUAUGCAGUGCAUCAUCCAAAAAAGGGUAGAUAAUCAGUGGAAUAGAAUGUAGUGAUGAUAAUACUGUUUUUUGUUUUUGUUUUUUAAUUUUCAGUAUCCGUAUCAUAGUAGAAUAUUACUGUAUGGAAACUUUGGUAUAUUCUUGUGGUUACUCAUUUUAACUGAACUGAGAUUGUGUUUGGCAGCUCUUUUUUGGGGAGUGUGUGUGUAUAAUUUUUAACAGAGGUAUUAAAGUCUAGGCUAACUCCUUGUCCAAAAAGAACAUACAGUAUUUCAGGGAUUUUUCUUUUAGCCUCUCAUCUGUAGUGGGAUUAAAAAGAAAAAGAUGCUGUUGUUUCACAUAUACUUGAAUUCCUAAUGCACCUCAGUCUUUGAACUUUUGACACAGACUGAAUACAUUAAAAUUUUUCAGCAAUAGAAAAAAAUGAAACAUAAAACUUGCAUCAAGCAAGAAAAUACAAAUACAGUUAAAUGCAUUAAUUGUGACUAUGACCAUGUUGAAAUUGUUACUAUGCAGCUUAGGAGUUCAUUCUUAGAGUAUACUUGAUUUGAAACUUUGAAUCAUUUUUAAUACUGAUUUAAUGACUCAAAGACCUUUGAAAGUCAUUAUACUGUGUUUUGGAAGUCAUUAGCUAAUUUAAGAUUACAGAAUAAUCAGUAAUGAUCUAUUCAACUUGAUUUUAAGUAAGGAUAGUCUAUUGGGUUAAAUUAUUUGAGACUGCAGAUCUUUUUUAAAAAUAAGAAUCAGAUGGGUAUAAAUAGUUAAAUCACUUGCAUUCUUUUCCCCAAAUCUGGAGGUAAAUGAAUUUCAUACUGAGGGUGGGAUGAUGAGUUCUCACUAUUUAUAAGGGAAGCUUUGCGUGAUAAUAGAUAACAUGGAUCCAUCUAGAUGGUGUUUACAUUUGAUUUAUUUGGGAUUUAUUGAAAUAAUAUACUUGGAAGAUAUUUCUUUUAUUAUGAUUAAAAUAGGUUUCAGAAAAUGAAUUUAAAACUGUUUUUAUGAAUAUUUAUGAUUAGUAAUAAUCUCCCUACUUUGUCAAACAAAUAAGCCAGUUCAAGUUCUUUAGAUUCUAUAAUCUUACUGAAAAUCUAUUUUAUCACAGUGUGCUUUACUGAGUGUGUAUUUUACAAACAUUCAAAACAUUAACCACAAAAUACAAGAGGAGCUCUUAUGUUUAUCAUUAAUUUAUAUCUCAAGUCCAUUUCUUUUUUUCUUUUAACUACAAAUGAAUAUAGAGACUUGAAAAAUACUGACAUACUUCCCUUUAAGAAUAGGAAUUAUCUCUAUUUUGUAGAAAUCCCCAAAGGUAGCAUUGUUAAAUAGCAAAUAAUUAAAACCAACAGUACCUUUUUUGUGUGUGGAUGGGGAGAAUGUUUUAAGAUCCAGUUACUUGGGUUAAUACAAACUUAUGAGAGAAAAUUGUUUUUUAAAAACCUAAAUGUGGAUUAAAAUGAUGGCAAUACUAACGGUUUGAUAAGGUAUAGGGAUUUUAAAUUCUUAGAUUCUCUAUUCUCCUAACAAUAGUUGGUAAAUGGUCACAUUUUCCAGCAAAAGACUGGCAUUUGUUAAUGUAUACUAAUGUGACCCACCCAGUAUCACAGUCAUGAAAUGGUCUUCAUGUUGUAAGCAUUCAUGUCAUUUUUCAGUUUGCAAUAUUAAGUUGUGGCUGUUUUCCUUCAAACUAAAAUUUGAACACUGGAAAAUCCUUGCUCAGUGAUUUGUAAUUUGGGACUUGGAUUAUUUAUCUAGGGAUGUUUGUAUAUUUUGUCAGUGAGUAAUAUUGCGCUGCCAUCAUGAUGAGUGUCAUGGUUCUUUAUAAAUGCCCUCCAUCUGUCCCUCUAAUGUUGCAUGUUUUCAGUGGUUUGGAAGUUUUGUAUAUUUAUUGUAUUAACACAGAGUGUCAUAAAAUAAAAUGCUGUUUACUGGA